GCGAUCGCGUGCAAGAGCACGAUUUCCCUCUCCCCGGAUUGUCAAUUGUCAAUUGUACGGGGUUUCCGGUCUCUCAGUCUAUUGCCGGCGAAGAGCCAAUGCAUUCAAUUCGACGACGUCUAUUUCGACUCUGACAGGUCUCGAAUCUCGUAUGAACAGCAGAACUAAGCAUGCACCGCAGGGACUGGGAUGGCAGAUGCCAAGUAGCAAGAACAUCCCCGGGUCUUAUGAGUUUGCCUGGUGACUCCAGGCCUGUUCCAUUGCACUUUUGUCAGGCCCGAAGCAUCCGACCUUGGCGUGGAAGAAUGAGUAAAUGUAUUACAUAAUCAGAGUUGAGGGGCUGUGAGAUCAGCAAACACGCGUAAAGUUUGUGUUACACCGUGACAUGCGCGACCAUGGUCAGAAUUAUCAUCAAAGGAGGCGUCUGGAAGAACACUGAAGACGAGGUCCUCAAAGCUGCAAUCGCCAAGUACGGCAAAAAUCAGUGGGCUCGCAUCUCGUCCUUACUCGUUCGCAAGACUCCAAAGCAAUGCAAGGCUCGUUGGUACGAAUGGCUCGACCCCUCUAUCAAGAAAACAGAGUGGUCGAAGACUGAAGACGAAAAGCUUCUGCACUUGGCCAAGCUGAUGCCUACUCAAUGGCGCACCAUUGCUCCGAUCGUUGGACGCACAGCAGUUCAGUGUUUGGAGCGGUAUCAAAAGUUGCUCGACGAGGCUGAGGCAAAAGAGAAUGAAGAACUAGGCCUGACCGGGCCAGCAGACACCGGCCCCAGUGCAGACGAUGUUCGGCGUCUGCGUCCAGGAGAGAUUGACCCUGAUCCGGAAACGAAGCCGGCACGACCGGAUCCCAUCGACAUGGAUGAGGACGAGAAGGAGAUGUUGUCUGAAGCUCGUGCGCGCCUUGCAAAUACGCAGGGUAAGAAGGCCAAGCGCAAGGCUCGAGAACGGCAGUUGGAGGAAGCCCGCCGGUUAGCUGUAUUGCAGAAGAAGCGCGAGUUGAAGGCUGCUGGAAUCAUAAUGCGCUCCAAAACGAAACGAAAGGGCAUGGAUUACAAUGCGGAUAUUCCAUUCGAGAAGAAAGCCGCACCAGGGUUUUAUGAUACUUCUGAAGAACAGGCACGCAUCACCGCAGCUCCCGUAGGCCAGACCCUCCGCCGACUUGAGAACAAGCGAAAGCCCGCCGAGGAAGAGGAAGCGGAGCGGAGAAAGAGACAGAAGAAAAAUGAAGCAGGGAAACAGGCUGAUGGACACCAAACAAAGUUCAUUGCCGCACGAGAUGCUCAGAUACAGAAGUUGAAGGAAGCUGAGUCAAUUGGACGGAGACGGAAACUCGUUCUCCCAGGUGCUCAAGUUGGCGAAGCGGACUUGGAGGAAAUCGUCAAAAUCGGACACGCUGGAGAGAGCGCCAAGGCCCUAGUUGAUGGUGGAAGUGAUGCGAGCGGGCGACUGCUCAGCGACUAUGAGGGAUUGGAAAACGCACGGAUGGCAAGGACGCCGAGGACCGCGCCACAAGGGGAUAACAUCAUGGCUGAAGCCCGCAAUCUACGGAACAUGUCGAUGGCGCAAACCCCCUUGCUCGGCGAAGAGAAUACACCCAUUCACGAAGACGCCGGAAGCGGCACAGGCUUUGAAGGCGCCACACCCCGGCACCAAGUCGCCUUCACACCGAAUCCAUUGGCCACCCCGUUACGCGCCAAGGAGCAAGCUGAGACGACUACCUCUCGGAUCGGCGGCACACCUUUCCGAACACCAAUGCGCGAUAAUCUGGCCAUCAACGAAAUUGAAUAUGCAUCUGUUAGCUCAACACCCCGCGAACAGCGUUUGCGAGACAGCUCGGCGAGACAUGCGUUGCGGGCCGGUUUUGCGUCGAUGCCAGCGCCAGAAAACAACUUUGAGCUGCUCGUUCCGGAAGAAGAAACCGGAGGUGAUCUUGCAUCAGGGCCUGCGCUGUCAGAGGAAGAUGCUGCCGAACGGGAUGCUCGGAUGCAACGGCAACAGGAAGAAGCUCAACGCAAGGUCCUUGCCCGUCGGUCCCAGGUUGUGAAGCGAGGGCUACCGAGACCUGCCAAAGUCAACAUUGAAGAUCUACUAGGACAACUGGCCCUCGAGGACGGCGACAUGGCCCAGCGACUGAUCAAUCAGGAGUUGGUAUCUCUUCUGCAGCAUGACGCGAUUACGCAUCCCAUCCCCGGCACAACAUUGGCCGGGGGCACGAUAUCCUCCUAUCAACAGCCGGAAGAUCAGCAUCUCGACCUGGCCAGCUCCUUGAUUCACUUGGAGUUGGUGAAUGCUGUUGGCUUCACAAAUGCCAGCCCAGCCCAGCUCCAGGAAGGAUUGAUGAAGCUCGCCACUUCCGAAGCUGGGGACGAGACGGUGUCCUGGGCUCGUGUUCGGAAAGACCUCGUCCUUGACGCAACAACAAACAUGUGGACAGAGCCGGAAAAACUGUCCGGCGAACAGCGGGUUGCGGGCUACAGCGUUGUUUUGUCGCAGCGCCGCCAGCUAAUGGGCAAUGAGGCUGCUAAAGCAAACAAGGCAGAAAAGAAACUCAAUGUCACUCUUGGCGGUUAUCUCACUCGAUCAAACGCUUUGUCGCAGCGUGUCACCGCUGCGUUCGAUGAGAUGCAACAGACGAAGAUCGAAUUCGAGACCUUCUCGCACUUGAACACAAACGAGACGGCUGCUGGACCCCGGCGGCUCGAUGCGCUCAAAGAAGAGGUCGAAAAGCUCGAGCGACGGGAGCGGCAGUUGCAGGACAGAUAUGGGGAACUCGAGGGGGAACGGCGAGACGCACAGGAACGCGUCCAGUCGCUCGAGGAGAAGCUCAUGGCUGACGCCGAGGCUCUCAAUGAAGCGCAACUUGCCGCCAUGGAGGACUAACUUGAUACCUUCGGAGCACUCAUUUACUGUACGUUUGUGUAGGACUGCUUCGCGAUUUGGGCCGAUUCAAAGGGCUUUGUA